CUGGCCGCAGCUCGCUCGCGCGCGCGCGCUCGCAGGCUUUCGCCACUUGAUGCCCACACGUUGACGUCGGCGCAUUCCGCCGGUGACCGCUCGCACUUUGGAUGCUAAGGUGUUUAGCGACGAUGUGAAGACCUGAACGCGAGUCUGAAGCUCUCCUCUCAGGGAAAGUCAUCCAAAGCCUUUCUGUGAACACGCAGAAACACGCCUGGCAUCGCUCAUCCAUAUCGUUCCUGCUUUGUUUCCACCCUUCUCGCCCACAUCAUGAAAGGCCUCUCGAGUAGCCGGAGUCACCAUCAUGUGAUGUCCUACGAGCCAAUAUAUGAUCCGCUCGGUCAGCAUGUUGACCGCAAGCCAUACUUGAUUAGUCAGAUCGACAUGCCGCUUCCCAUUGCUGUGCCACACCCAACUGAGCUGUCCUACUACAAUGCUCAGCGCAGCUCGUACCCAUCUGACAGUAACAGCAUUGUCCCAUACGGAACCUUUCCUCGACGAUGCCAUUCCACCUCCUCAUCUCACCAUCCUGAGGUAAAGGAUGAGUGUAUGGCCAUGGUACCGUAUGUAGGAGGAGGAGGAGCAGGAGGUGGUGGAGGCUAUGGAGGUAAAACGCCCGCCCGGGUACCAGCAAACUUUGCAGACCCAUUUGAGCAUCAGCCAUCAUUUUCCAGAGAUGGUUACCAUACACUGCAAUACAAACGAGGAGUGUUGGCCCAGAGUGGGGGCAUCGGGUCCAACACCAACAAUGACAGCCCAGGGAGGAUUCGCCACCUGGUCCACUCAGUCCAGAAACUGUUCACCAAGUCACAUUCACUGGAGGGCCCACACCACACACAGUCUGUCAAGGGGGCCAAUAAUGGGAGUGUUAAUGGUGGUGUUGGUGGUGGAGGAGGUGGUGGUGGUGGUUCAAGGGCAAGUCCAGAGGGUGAUGCGCCACCGAUGGGAGUGCGCCAGAGGAAACGCAGCAAGAGUCGCGAGCGCUGCCGAUCGGCGGAGCCCAAACAUCGAAGCCACCACCAUCAUCACCACCAGCUCCACGGCUCAGCAUCCGCACCGGGCUCUGGAUAUUGGAGCUCAGAUGAUAACCUGGAACGGGAGCUGUGUCUCUACCACCCUCACCACCACCAACCACCACCCUCACCUUCACCGUCCAUUUCCCCUUCACCUAUAGCAAUGACAAUGGGUCGGUACCCUGGCAACAACCCUGACAAGUUCCCCCAGUCACAAAAAUACUUUAUGAUGGACCCUUACGGCACAAUCAGUGAGCACGCACACACCCAUGCACAUCAUGGCCACUCGCGCCACCAUUCCGCACUCAGAGCCUCCCGGAGCAACAACGAUGUCAAGUAUGCAGCGCCAUCCUCCUGUGUGCCAGUUAGUGGUAGCAGCAAUAACAUCGGUGGCAGUAUCGGUGGAGGAAGUGGUCCCUUGCUGUCUCUGGGUCUUGUGGACGUGCCCCUUGUGAAGAAAGGGGCAUGGUCGUCGAGCUUAACGGUGAGCAGGGCCCGAGAGGUCUACACCAACAACAGCAGCCACAACCAGCUCCGAGCCAGCGCAGGAUCCGGUAACCUAAACCUAGCUAGAGCUCUAGUCAAAUCUAAGGGCAGUCAGCGGCAGGAGCGCACUUGCCAUUUCCUACAGGUGCCUCAGGACGAAUGGAGCAGUUUCUCUCCUUUGGGGAAGGAGGACGACAUUCCCUGCCGAAGGAUGAGGAGCGGCAGCUAUGUGAAAGCCAUGGCUGAGGAUGACAGCGGCGACUCAGACGGGAGUCCCAAGCCUUCCCCCAAGGUACAGGCCCGACGCGCCAGCUACUUGAAAGCCACGCAGCCGUCGCUGACUGAGAUGACCACUCUGCAGAUUUCCUCAGAACAUUCCCCAAAGCUACAGAUCAGGAGCCACAGCUACCUGCGUGCGGUGAGUGAGGUUUCGAUCAAUAGAAGCCUGGACACCCUGGACCCCAAAACCCUUCUCGACCCCAAAUCGUUGCUCUCCUCACCCCAAUACCGCUCACGCAAUGAAAGCUACAUGAGGGCCAUGAGCACCAUCAGUCAGUUGAGCGAAGUUGAGGUGAAUGGGCAGAUUGAGCAGGUAUGUGAGCAGGUCUACAGCGAAAUGCAGGCCCAGGCCAUGGAGGCUGCCAUGGACAGGAUGGACAGGAUGGAUACCAUGGAUACUUUGCCCAUGCCAGGAUGUUUCCGAAUGAGGAGCCACAGCUACGUGAGAGCAAUUGAUCAGGGCUGUGCUGGGGAGGAAGAGGGAGAAGGAGGAAGACCCCUGCUCCUGCCGCCAUCCUCUCCGCCGCGCACAUCGGCCACGACUGUCAGGACCAUCCAGAGCAGCACAGUUUCAUCUUGUAUCACAACAUAUAAGAAAACUCCUCCACCGGUUCCACCACGAACCUCCAUCUGCUCGACGGCCUCCAAGCCCUACAUCUCCAUCACAGCACAGAGCAGCACAGAGUCUGCACAGGAUGCUUACAUGGAAGAAGAGGGACCAAGAGGUGACAUGACUAUCCAGUCCGGGCUUAGUAACUCAACUGAAAGCAUUGACAGCAUGAAGGCGUUGACUGCUGCCAUUGAGGCUGCAAAUGCACAGAUACACGGACCAGCCAGUCAGCAUGUCAGUAACAGCACUGUGACAAUCAACACCUCUGCACCCUCAGUCUUGAGCAGAGGUCUGAUUGUUGAAGACCACCGUGAUGAAUACAGGAACAAGGCACUCAGGAAGGGCAAUUGUCUCUCCAUAGGUAUCCAGGUGGAUGGACCAGAGGAAACUCCGGACCCAGAGGACCCAUCUAAGUUCACCUCUGUCGGGGUGCAAGUGGAGGAUGACAGACGGUAUCGUCGCUUCCAACGCUCCAACAGCGUGACGGCAGCUGUACAAGCAGAUUUGGACUUGCCGGGCCUGCUCGACACUCCUCUUGACUCCCCUGACACGGAUUUAGAAGUCCUGUCAUCUGGUGUCCUUUCUCGUCAAUACUCCCGCGAUGCUGCCACCUCAACCGUCAGCAUCCAGGGCUCAGGGAACCACUACCACGCCUGUGCCUCCGAGGAGUAUGAGGAUGUGGGCUUUGAUCCGUCCAUUCUUCCCCCUCCAGACCCUUGGAUAGAUAGCGUCAGUGAUGACUCACCUAAUGUCAACUUCAACAGCUCGGCUAUCUUAGAAGUAGUGCAGAGGACGGUGUGUCAGCGAGAUGGCCGUUGGUUCCUGAAGCUGCUACAGGCUGAGACCGAUCGCAUGGAGGGCUGGUGUCGACAGAUGGAGAUGGACCAACAACAUAAUGACCUUCCGGAGGAUGUUCUGGGGAAGAUGAGGAGUGCCAUGGGAAGUGCUCAGCUGUUGAUGUCCCAAAAGUUUCAACAGUUCAGAGAACUGUGUGAGGAGAACUUGAACCCCCGUGCCCACCCUCGGCCUGCAGCCUCCGACCUGGCUGGUUUUUGGGACAUGCUUCAGUUGUCCAUUGAGAACAUUAGCCUCAAGUUUGAUGAGCUUCACCAACUCAGAGCCAACAAUUGGAGACCCCUCGACCCGCCUGAGAGAAAGCAGCAUAUGAUACAGGAGAGACGGCUUCCGCCUCCGGUACCCAAAAAGCCACCCAAGGCCCCGCACCACCACCACCCGCCUCUGGCCAGAGAUCGCUCGCUGGAGAGUUCUGAGAAACAGCGACAGGAGGCCAGGAAGCGCCUGCUGGCCGCCAAGAGAGCCGCGUCCGUGCGACAAAACUCUGCUACGGAGAGCGCCGACAGCAUUGAGAUCUACAUCCCCGAGGCGCAGACGAGGCUAUGAGGACAUUACUCAGCAGUACAGUACCACAUCACAUGUUGUUCGCAUCUAAAUAUAGAGGCAGCAGUUUGUUGUUAGACAUGUCCUAACUUCAACUUCAUGCUACUUCUCCAAGGCCAUAAGUGUCAUUCUUGUUUCUUUAGUUUUUUGUUUUUAUGAAGCCGUGACAGAUAUGCUACGCCGGACCGGUGCGUUACUUUUUCACUUCUUCACGGAUGAAAUGCACUCCAGAAUUUGGAUAGUCAUUGUGGUUUAGUUCCACUGCCGGAAGGGCCGUACCGACAUCGGCUCUCAUUCAGCAACAACAAAAAAAGCUUACUUUUGGUAACAUCCUUUCCAUUGGCCUCUGAGCUUAUCAGCCAAGAAGAAGAAGAAAUCUUACCGACACUCUCCAACAUUCUUACAGACCUUUGAGUGCCAAUAUGGUUGAGCAAAAUGGUUUCCAAUUGCCUCUCCUGUUAUUCGACACUGUAUGCUUGAAAAGAAUGAUGGAUGUUGACGUGAUAGGUAACCGUGACAUCCAUUUUCAGUGCCACUUAGCCUGUUCAGGUUAGCUAGCAGCCUGGCUCGACCGCAGUACUAUUUUUCCUCCUAAAAAUAGUACUGCGGGAAACUGCAAAAUGAAUGCCACCUUGACGGUAAGCAGAGCUGCUUUGAAUGCUACGUUGUCGCCGAACGCCAGCUAUUGUAAAUGCGGACGUCGGCGGGCGGCGGGCCGUUCGUAAAUCCCCUCGACGCUAUAUUUUCUGACACUUAACCAGAAACUCUUGUUUAGCGCUGUGCUUAUGCAGGAACGCCUUAUGCGACAAACUCCACAAGCCAGUAGGCCAAAACAUCGAUAGAAUUCAUUUCUCCACGACAUGUUAUGCAUAAGCGGCGCGGUGGACGACUGCUUGGCACAUCUGCCUCGCAGUUCUGAGGAGCGGGGUUCAAAUCCCGGCCUCUCCUGUCGCAUGUUCUACCCGCGUCUGUGUCGGUUUACUCCGGUUUCCUCCCGCAUCCCAAAAACAUGCGUGGUAGGUUGAUUGAAGACUGAAAAUUGCCCGUAGCUGUUGCGAAUGGUCGUUUGUUUCUAUGUGCCCUACGAUUGGCUGGCGACCAGUUCAGGGUGCGCCCCGCCUCUCGCCCAAAAAUAGUUGGGAUGGGGAAGCGGCACAGAAAAUGGAUGGAUGCAUAACAUGCAUAUUUUAUUAGAAACAAUCCCCGGUUGUGUUAAUAACAUCCAUCAAUCAGCCUGUUUUGAGGGGUCGGUCAUGUCAUAAAUACCCCCCUCUCCGUGUCGUCAACUUUAGCAAACAGUCCAGGAUGUCACAUCAAUCAGAAGCUAACGCUAAUUCGAGCAUCAUCUGUUUCCCUUUUGGAUUUGACAGCUAGCGAAAUCCGGCCGCUACUUGAAGGCGGAGGCUUUUUUGCCAAGCCGAGCGGAGAGGCCGCGGACGGAGCAACUCGGUGUGGGAGCGCCAUUGUGUAAAGGAGCUGUGCGGUCAAAAUUCCAAACGGCUUGAUUUCGUUUGAAGAAAUGGGCCGCCUCCAAGAGAUUCCCAGAUUCAUUUCACGCUUGAUAGGUGGGCGGAGACCCAACAAUUUGGAGACAAGCAAUUCACAAUUUGUCCCCUUUAUGUUUUGGCGGGAAAAGAAAAAAAUAUAUUUCUAUAUAAUUAUUAUUGCUAUAGUUAUUAUAAGGUUGUCAUAAAAUCCUACAAAAUACAAGGUGGACUACAAGCAGUAUUAUGAGAUGAAAGAGCUCAGAAAUACUCGAUGUUAGCAUCCUUCGAGCUUGGAGUUUGAAUAUCGGAGCGAGAGAGAUGGAAGGAAAUGAAACGGCACGUGCACUUGAAUCAAUUAUUAUUAUUAUUAUUAUUAUUAUUAUUCUAUCAUUAUCGUCAGUAUAACCUUUGAAAGCCAGUCAUAAAAAAUGUUGACCCGCGACCUAAAAAUGGGGAUUUGAUCUGGCAUGGCUGUAGCAUCGCGGCCGCUGGUGAAUCGUGCAGCUUUAUCGAUAUCUCUCUACGAUUCUUUCAUAUUGCACAUUUGUUUAUUUCUCUGUUAGUUGAUUCUUUAGCCAAAUAGCCUAACUUCACACAACUUUGGGUCGGUAAUUGAAUAGUUACUGUUGACUCGAUGAACUUCUAGUUUAUUUAUUUACAUGAAUCAGUCACCAAGAGAUUCUCCAGCGCAUUUCAUCGAGUUGAAUUCAUUUAAGCGCUUUGUAAGUCCCAAUUUCAGCAAGCGAUCUUUGUGAAAAUGACAAACGGUUCUGAGUCCUUCUACAACACACUUCAGAUGUGUGUGUGUGUGUGCGUGUGUUACUGCUCGCGUUACGCGUGUGGUGUGAGGGACAAGGCGGAGGGAUCGUUAUGCGUGUGGAGCGAGUGCUUCCAAAUAUACAUCAAAAUUCUUGUUUGACAAAUGUGUUCAAAUGUGACGCGUGUGUACAAAAACCUUUCAUUGUAUAUCCCAUCAAGCUGCUCUCGGAAUAACGGGAGCGUUUUCGUUUUGGGCAAAGAGGCCAAUGCCUUUAUUCUCGCUGUAGACCGAAACCAGAAAAAACGGGUUUGACAUCACCGAUGAAUAUGAAACGAGAUCAAGAGCUCAGCUUCCGACGGAUAUACACGCGUACGGUCUUGCCACGACUUGAAAGAUCGGCCGAUUGAAAACGAAACGCCAACGUUUGAGUUGAGCAAACGAUUUGGAACGUCGGGAGUUCAAAUGGUUCAAAGCGAGUACAAAUGAACAUUGAGUUGAACUUCCGGAAGUGUGCGACGCAGCGCAAUCGCCUGACUUUUGAAUUCUUCUCGGAGCUUUUCCAGGCUUUCGCCGCAGCUUCGUUCAUUUGUGGAUUGUUUUGGGGGUUCCUCCCGAGAUGCAUGCUUUACCAGGUUGAAGUCUGAGGAUGGACUCGGCCGGUCGAAAACCUUCCGCUUCUUUCCACUGAUGAACUGGAAGUCCUUUGUUAUUUUGGCAGCGUAUUGUGGGUCAUGAAGGUACGGUACGAUGAAGAACGCAUGGGAUCACGUCGGUGGCAUCUUUCUUUAAACGUUUUGUGCAGACUUCCUGCGCUGCCGUCAUGUGUCGCAUCAAUGAAGAUCAAUGAGAAGAUCCAUCCGAGCCCGAGCCUUGGCAUUACCUCCGCUCGCUUCCAAUGAGCAACUCGUAUGUUUGGGAUCUUGAGCAGAUGCUUUCUUUCAUGAAGCUCACUUUGAUCCGUUGCUGUGUUUUGUCAUCGCAGUUCACAAACCUUCUCCAAUCCUUUUUUUUUAGGCUUUUCUGUGCACUUUUGGGCAAAUUCCAGCCUGACCUCCCAAUUUGUAUUGUUAAUGAGAGUUAGGGUUAAACAGCAGAUUGUUUAUAUUUUCUCUCGUGGGCUCUGAAGGUUGUCACGGACAGCUUUUUUUUUUUUUUUGCUGGGUGGGGUCUUCUUCUGGACAUCGCUCAUGUUUCCGUCAUUGACAGGUUCUGGUUUCCUUGAUCUACCCGUUCGGUGGUUGUUAAUGCAGCAGUGGUUUCGGGACGUUCCGGAUGGAUGCGUUGGCUGUAGCCGGUCAGGACCAGCCAAACAAAAGUUUCCAUCUUCUAAAUUGUGUGUCAGCUCCAGAUGUAAAAGCUUGACGAAAGAAAGAAACAAAUGUUCAUCUCUUAUCUCAUUAUUUAUCGUUUAAUGUCAAACCCAAAUGUUUUUUGUCUAAGCUAAGACAAAGGAAUUGGCCUUACAGUUCUGAUCUGAAGAAGCGUGAACUACGACGGGUUCAUAUUUGGAUCUUUUUUGCACUAUACUGUGUGUUUUUCUAGAAGAUUUCAAAGAGACUGUGAUUUGACAAUACUUAGUUUUUUUCUGUUGUGGUUUUUUCCCCCACCCCAUGAAAUGCCUUUCUACAAAAGACUGUACGGCUGCGCCCCGUUGUAGAAUUCACACCAUCUCAUGAAACAAUCCCAUAUUUGCCCCUAGUCGAGCAUCGCCACACGUCAACGUUACGUCCGCCGAAGUGAAUGCAAACACCAAAACGAGCGAGGUUUGUUGAAGUGUGUGCACACUGACGCUUUCAAUCACGAACACACAGUCUUCGGAGCUGAAUUCGGUUGUCACCUGACUUGGCCUUUUGAUAGUUACGCCAAAAGAAUUCCUCAUCUGUGUUGCAACAUAACGAUACUCUCUAUGGUCUGCGAUGACGCUAUUCACGGCUACGCUAACGCGUAUCCUAACUCUCCCAGGGCGGACUUCUGGCGAUCAACGGUAUAGCUGCAGUGUUAGAUACUCUACUCUACUACAGAUUCUUGUAUGACCAUGGUGUUCAUCUGUGAUUUUUAAUGAAAGUAUACUGUAUUUAUUUUUGAAUUUGUCAAAAUGUCCGAUAUGUUAGGAGCGGGGUUAAUUUUGUACAGCAUCUAAUUACCUCUGUGUUGAAAUGACAAUGACGGUGAGCCAUAUUCAAUGUGAAAUAUACACUUGUCAAAAGAAAGGGCCGUAUAAAUGCGAGUACGUUUUGGUCGCUGUUGUCGUCGUCUUUGGUUUGUUUGCUGCUGCUUUUCGAGCAAAUCUGUCUGAAGCGUUCCAGUAGCAAGUUCUGUCUGAGGAAAUGUGGCCUAUCGAUGAAUGCUGGAAAUGGAUGGAGUGUGCAUUUUUAGUGUUUUAACUGAAAAAGUAGAAAGACAGACCUGAGCCAUUUAUGGAAUACUUCAUCAAACGGGAAGUAUUCUGACUGCCCGAUGAGUGCCAUAUAACAUUAAAUGAAAAGAAUUGUAUUUCUCAGCAACUUCAGUGAAAUUAAAGGGAAUGGAAACCGAUUUGGGGUUUUCUCUCUGUCAGUGGAUACUAUAAACAGUAUAUAUAUUUUUAUGUCGAUUUUUUUUCUUAACUUUUCCAAAAAAAAAAAAAAAAAAAGUCAAAACGUGGCAGACUUUUAAUGUCUGCCACGUUUACUGUUGCUGCUGCAAACCCUUCAUUCCUGCCAAUGGUUUGUGUGAACAAGCUCAAUGACUUUCUCCUCAGGAAGAGCUGUAAGAUUUGAUUCCGAGUUAUGAAGGUCUGUUCCUCAAACACCGUGUGUGUGUGUGUGUGUGUGUGUGUGUGUGUUAUGAAGAAGUGUGAUUGCGUUCCAUUCAUACAUAGAUCCGGAAUAUGUGUAAGAUUGAGCGUCUGUGUGUGAAAGUGAUUUCUAUAAAGUGCUUCCCGAGUCACUCGUCUUCUGUGUCAGGCCUUUCUUCAGUGGUCCGGUAGCCCCCAUCAUCACGGUUGAGAUGAACGCCACUCGUACUUGCGACCAACCUCGUGUGUUUGUACAGAAACAUGGUUGAGGCUGAUUCAUAACGCAUGCAGAUACAAUAUUAGUACUUAUUAGUACUGAAUACAAUUUGAAAACAUGUAUUGGUUUACUCAUGCUCUAAUUUAUUUAUAUACAUAUAUAUAUAUAUAUGUAUUUAUUUUUAACUAUGCGGUUUUGUUCAGUGAUCUGUCAUGCUCUUCUGAUCCUAUGUUAUAUUGUAAAGAGAUUAUUACAUGUCUAUAACUAUUAAUGAAACUAAUAAAAUUAUUGAUGAGGU